UACGUAGGCGUCUGGGGCGGAGCCGCGCUGUGCGCGGUGACUGGCGGCGGCACUGGCGGCAGCUGGAGGCGUAAUAGUGCGGGUAGUGGGCUUGGAGAAGUUACGAGGCGGCGGUGGCGCCGGCGAGAAGGAUAGCGGAAGCGGGCCCUGGGCUUGUCGCUCACCAUGCCGACGGUAGAGGAGCUUUACCGCAACUAUGGCAUCCUGGCCGAUGCCACGGAGCAAGUGGGUCAGCAUAAAGAUGCCUACCAAGUGAUAUUGGAUGGUGUGAAAGGUGGUACUAAGGAGAAACGAUUAGCAGCUCAGUUUAUUCCAAAAUUCUUUAAGCAUUUUCCAGAAUUGGCUGAUUCUGCUAUCAAUGCACAGUUAGACCUCUGCGAAGAUGAAGAUGUAUCUAUUCGACGACAAGCAAUUAAAGAACUGCCUCAAUUUGCCACUGGAGAAAAUCUUCCUCGAGUGGCAGAUAUACUAACACAACUCUUACAGACAGAUGACUCUGCAGAAUUUAACCUAGUGAACAAUGCCCUGUUAAGUAUAUUUAAAAUGGAUGCAAAAGGGACUUUAGGUGGAUUGUUCAGCCAAAUACUUCAAGGAGAGGACAUUGUUAGGGAACGAGCAAUUAAAUUCCUUUCUACAAAACUUAAGACUUUACCAGAUGAAGUCUUAACAAAGGAAGUGGAAGAGCUUAUACUAACUGAAUCCAAAAAGGUCCUAGAAGAUGUGACUGGUGAAGAAUUUGUUCUAUUCAUGAAGAUACUGUCUGGGUUAAAAAGCUUACAGACAGUGAGUGGAAGACAGCAACUUGUAGAGUUGGUGGCCGAACAGGCUGACUUAGAACAGACCUUCAAUCCCUCGGAUCCUGACUGUGUGGACAGGCUCUUACAGUGCACUCGGCAGGCGGUACCCCUCUUCUCUAAAAAUGUUCAUUCCACAAGGUUUGUGACGUAUUUCUGUGAACAGGUUCUUCCUAACCUCGGUACUUUGACUACCCCAGUUGAAGGUCUUGAUAUACAGUUGGAGGUAUUGAAAUUGUUGGCAGAGAUGAGUUCAUUUUGUGGUGACAUGGAAAAACUGGAAACAAAUUUAAGGAAACUAUUUGAUAAGUUAUUGGAAUACAUGCCCCUCCCUCCAGAAGAAGCAGAAAAUGGAGAGAAUGCUGGUAAUGAAGAACCCAAGCUACAGUUCAGUUAUGUGGAAUGUUUGUUGUACAGUUUUCACCAGUUGGGCCGAAAACUUCCAGAUUUCUUAACAGCCAAACUGAAUGCAGAAAAACUCAAAGAUUUCAAAAUCAGGCUGCAGUACUUUGCACGGGGCCUGCAAGUUUAUAUCAGACAACUUCGUUUAGCUCUCCAGGGUAAAACGGGUGAGGCCUUAAAAACAGAAGAGAACAAGAUUAAAGUUGUUGCAUUGAAAAUAACAAACAAUAUCAAUGUUUUAAUUAAGGAUCUCUUCCACAUUCCUCCUUCUUAUAAGAGCACAGUAACACUAUCCUGGAAACCUGUACAAAAGGUUGAGAUUGGGCAAAAGAGAGCCAGUGAAGAUACAACUUCAGGUUCACCACCCAAGAAGUCUUCUGCAGGACCAAAAAGAGAUGCCAGGCAGAUUUAUAAUCCUCCUAGUGGAAAAUACAGCAGCAAUCUGGGCAACUUUAAUUAUGAAAGGGGGGUCAAAAAAGACAUCAAGACAUCACCCUAAUAAGACAUAAUGGCAAAAAAGUUGAUUGCAAAGUUGACUGAAAAGGUAUUUUUCAAGCCUCCAAGAUUAUGGAUCAAAAACAGCAAAACCAAGCUGUCUCUAUUGCUGCUAAGAAGAUUGCUAUGAUGAGAAAGUUUAGAAGUUAAUGAAGAGAUUUUAUCUCAUUUACAUAUGAUUAGAAGUCCAGCUUUUCUGAUAACUUCAGUUUUCUUCAUGGGGACGACACCUUUCAAGACCAUUUCUCUGUGGCUAUAAAAGUGACUGACCAGUGAAUCAAAGACUCUUGUUCUACUGUGUAACACAAGUGACUUGGUUUUUCAGCAAAAGAUAUGCUUAAUUUAUAUCAAUAGCUGAAACAUAGAUACACACACAGAGCAUCUUUUUGGUGGUAGCCUGAGAGGCUUAUGUAGCUGAUAAAGCAAUGAAAAAAAAAAAACUCAGGCCGGGCGCAGUGGCUCAAGCCUGUAAUCCCAGCACUUUGGGAGGCCGAGGCCAGUGGAUCACGAGGUCAAGAGAUCAAGACCAUCCUGGUCAACAUGGUGAAACCCCGUUUCUACUAAAAAUACAAAAAAUUAGCUGGGCAUGGUGGCACAUGCCUGUAAUCCCAGCUACUCAGGUGGCUGAGACAGGAGAAUUGCCUGAACCCAGGAGGUGGAGGUUGCGGUGAGCCGAGAUUGUGCCAUUGCACUCCAGCCUGGGUAACAAGAGUGAAACUCCGUUUUGGGGGGAAAAAAAAAACCUCAGUAUUUAGAUCUACAUUUGUGUGAGCCCAAUUGCUUGAACUACUGUGAUUAAAACAAAAACCGCAUAUUUGUUGCAUUCAAAGGGACAUUUUUUAGCCUAACCUGAUUUUCAGAAUUCAUUAUUGGUAAUUUAAGAUAGUUGUUACAGUUUUAUUAGUUACCUUUAGUAAUGAUAGACACCAGAAUAAAGAACUAAGAAGUAGUUACAGAAGUCCUAGCCAGAGUAGGUAGACAAGAGAAAGAAAUAAAGGGCAUCCAAACUGAAAAGGAGAAGACAAAUUGUCCCUGUUUGCAGAUGACAUGAUGUUAUAUAUAAAAAACCUAAAGGCUCUACCAAAAAACUCAGAGCCGAUAAAUUUACAAAAGUUAGAAGAUACAAAAUUAAUAUACAAAAAUCAGUAGCAUUUCUAUGCAUAAACAGUGAACUAGCUGAAAAAGAAAUCAAAGCAAUCCCAUUUAUUACAGCUAUGAAGAAAAAAUCUAGGAAUAAACCAAGAAGGUGAAAGAUUUCUAUACAAGGAAAACUAUGAAACACUGAUGAAAGAAAUUGAAGGGAAUACAAACAAAUGGAAAGAGACUCCAUACUCAUGUAUUAGAGGAAUUAAUAUAUUUUAAAUGACGAUACUACCUAAAGUAAUCUACAGAUUAAAUGCAACUCCUAUCAAAAUAACAAUGACAGUCUUUAUAGAACUGCACCAAAAAAAUCUUAAAAUUUAUAUGGAACCACAAGACCCCAAAUAGCCAAAGCCAUCCUGAGCAAAAAGAAUAAAGCUGGAGGUAUCACACUACCAGAUCUCAGAAUAUAAAUUAAAGCUAUAGUAACCAAAAUGGCAUGAUACUGGCAUAAAAAUAGAUACAGACCAAUGGAACAUAAUAAACCAGAAUUUAAUCCACGUAUCCACAGCCAGCAGAUUUUUUACAAAGGUGGCAAGAACACUCAUUGGAGAAAGGGACAGUCUCUUCAAGAAAUGGUACUGAGAAAACUGGGUAUCCAUAUGCAGAAGAAUGAAACUAGAUCCCCACCUCCCACCCUGUACAAAAAUCAACUCAAAAUGGAUCAAAGACCUAAAACAAAACUACCGUAAAAGAAAACAGGAGAACCACUUCAAGACAUUGGUCUGGGAAAAUAUUUUAUGAGUAAGACCUAAAAGCACAGGCAACAAUAGCAUAAAAACCCAGUGGGAUCAUAUCAAAUUUAAAAACUUCUGUGCAGCAAAACAAAUCUAGAUUAAAAAUGGGCAAAUGAUCUGAACAGACAUUUCUCAAAAGAAGACAUACAAAUAGCCAAUAAAUACAUGAAAAAAUCUUAAACAUUACUAAUUAGGGAAAUGCAAAUCAAAACCACAGUGAGGAGGUUUGGAAGUUCAGUGAAGAGAUUUUAUCUCAUUUACAUAUGAUUAAAAGUCUGAGACAUUUGCACCCCCAUGUUUAUUGUAGCACUAUUCAUUAGCCAAGACAUGGAAUCAACCCAGAAUCAACAGGUGCAUCAACAGAUGAAUGGAUAAACAAAAUGUGGUAUUAUAUACAAUGGGAUACUAUUCAGCCAUAAAAAAAGAAUGGACUUUAUAGUAGGUGAAAUAAGCCAGCAACAGAAAAUUUAAACAGCGCAUGCUCUCACUCGUGGAAGUUUUAAAAUAUUAAUCCUAUAGAAGUAAAAAAGUAGAACUGGAUACUGGAGGCUGAGAAGAUAGGAAGGAAGGAAGGGAAAGGGAGAGAUUUGUGGGAGAAUGCAAAGUAAUAUAGGACUAAGUCAUAGUGUUCUGUAACACUAUAGGAUGACUGUAGUUAAUAAUACAUACAUACUUUCAAAUAGGAGGAUAUUGAAUGUUCCUAACACAAAUUAUAGGUGUUUGAGAUGAAGGAUAUGUUUUUUACUCUGAGCUUAUAACUGUACAUUCUUUGUAUCAAAAUCCCAUCCUACCCCAUGAAUAUGUAGAAUUAUUAUAUGUGAAUUUGAAGAGUUAAGUUUUUUAAAAAGUAUCAGGGCUGGGCACAGUGGCCCACACCUGUAUUCCCAGCACUGAGGUAGGAUGAUCCUUGAGGCCCACAGUUUGAGACCAGCCUGGCAACAUAAUGAUACCCCAUCUCUACAAAAAAAAAUAGCCAGCCAUGGUGGUGUGCACCUAUAGCCCUAGACACUAGGGAGUCUGGGGCAGAAAAAUCACUCUAGUCCAAAAGUUCAGCGUUAUGGUGAACUGUGAAGGCCUAACUUGAACUCUGGCCUAAGCAACACAGCAAGACACUCCUAAAAAAAAGUGUUAUAACAUCACCUUGAAACAACUUUGUUACCAGGAUACAUUUACUUAAGCAACUAACAUGAAUGUAUUUGGCACCUUGCCAUACAUGCUUCAAUAUGUAUGUUGCUCUUGUUUUACAUACAAAGUAAAUUUGUAGAUGGACUAGCAGAAUAUUAGUUCUGUUCUUACAGGGCCUACUGCUGUAUUCGGUUAUGAACUACAUUUCUUCUGCAUUUGCUGUACCAUGAAAUCCUAAGCAAGACCUAAACCCUUGUUCGCUUUUUCGUAGAGCAGAGAGGAGCCUUCAGGGGAAGUAGAGGUGGCCGAGGUUGGGGCACACGAGGAAAUCGUAGUCGGGGAAGACUCUACUAAGACGUCAGCAUUCUUCAGCAUUGUCAUAAGCUUAAUAUACUUAAAUUCUACUACUUAUUGGAUUGCCGGGGAUGUCCCUUUAAACAGACUGCUGCCUUCAGCUAAAAACUUAAUGUUCUUUAUACCUUUGUAUGUAUGAUCUACUUUUGUAACAGACCAUGGUGGUGUCCAAGGUAAAACCACAGUGAUAUUUUUGGAUGCUUUGUCUGCAAUCUUGAGUUGUUUUUGCAAUAUCAUUAUUCAGACUUCAAAUUGUGACUCUUUUAAACAUCUUGAUAAUUUGUUGAGAGCUGUUCAUUCUAAAAUGUAGUGACAUUCAGUCUAGUUCUGCUGAUAAAGUUCAUCAGUUUUGAAAGGUUACUGAUUUUCCUCUUCCCUCUUAGUUUUUUGCCCAAUAUAUGGAAAAAGAGUAAUGGUCAAUCUUAACAUUUUGUUUUCAUUGUUUAAUAAAGCUGCUAGGCAGUGGUGCAGCAUUCCUACCUAGUGUUAUAAAAGCAAAAUACUUAUAUAGCUUUCCUAAAAAGUAGGAAUGACAUUACAUUUUUAGGAGAAAGUAAGUUGCUUUGCACUGCUUACUUAACUCUUUUCCAUAUAUUGUGAUACAAACUUUUGAAUAUGGAAUCUCACUAUUUGAAUAGAAAUGUGUAUGUAUAAUAUACAUACAUGCAUAAGCAUAUGUGUGUGUGUGUGUGUAUAUAUAUAUAUAUGCAUGCUGUGAAACUUGACUACACAAUAUAAAUCACUUUUUUAAAUUCCAGCAACGGGUAGUCUGACACAGUGAUUAUCCUUUUGAGGCUGAAUCCGUUAUUAACAUGUUAUUUAGGUUUUUACUCCCAGUAGCAAGGGAUUCUAAGUCAGUUGCACUUACAUGAUUAUUGUUAUUUAAAACUAAAAAUAAAGGCUGCAUUUUCAAAGAUAAAUUGGAGAUUGCUUUGGUGAAAUACAGCCAAAAUACUGAAUCUGAUGUACAUAUAGGUUUCUACAGGAAGAGAUAGUAUAAUUUAGAAUUUGGAGAUUUAAUAACCAGGGCUACCCAGAAAAAGUGACUUGAUAUAACAUGGUACCAAUAAGUACGGGAUGCUCUCUCGGUUUGCUUUUGCCACUUUCAACAUUUUAACUUCUCAGGUUAUUAAUCAAAAUUAUUGUAUAAGUUAGCCAAUAGAAUUUUUAGGUUAAAACAACAGAUGGGGGGUUUGUGGAGUGUUUAAUGUCAUAGGCAUUUUUAGUAGCAUAGACCUUUUGUUCUACAUUUGAAUGUUUCAUAUAUUUUUGUUUCACAGUUAAUCUUCCCUCCCCAGGUUUGCUAUUCAAAUCAGAUGCCUGAAUGACAUUUCUAGUAGUCUGAUGUAUUUUUCUGAGGAAUAGUUUAUGAUUCCAAUGCAGGUGUCUUCAUUACCAUUACCUCUACACUGCAGAAGAAGCAAAACUCCUUUGUUAGAAUUACUGUGCAUGUGUAUGGGGAAAAUAGUUCUGAAAGGCUAGAAUGAUACAAGUGAGCAAAAGUUGGUCAGCUUGGCUAUGGAGUGGUGGCAAUAAUCUCUAAACAUUCCAAAAGACUAUGAGCUGAACCUAAACUCCCUUGGAAUCUGAACAGACAAAGGAAUAUAAAAUUGCCAUUUGAAAACUGACCAGUUAAUCUGGACCUCAGAGAUAGAUCACCCAGUGGCCCAAAGCCAUUUCAAGUACAGAAAUUAUAUUAAGACUACAGCAAAAUAAAUUUGAACAUUAGUAUAAUUUUACCACUUUUCUUCUUUAAGCAUAUUUGUAAACUCAAAGCUGAACAGAAGUGAAACAAACUUUACUUUCUCAAGUUUGAUACUGAGUUGACUGUUCCCUUAUCCCUCACUCUUCCCUUUCCCUUUCCUAAGGCAAUAGUGCACAACUUAGGUUAUUUUUGCUUCCAAAUUUAAAUGAAAAACUUAAUGCCAUGAAUUUUUUUUCUUUUGCAAGACACCUGUUUAUCACCUUGUUUAAAUGUAAAUGUCCCCAUAUGCUUUUGAAAUAAAUUUCCUUUUGUAAUUUU